UGGGCGGGCGCCGGCGGGAGAGUCCCGCCCCCUCCCCAGUCUCCGGCCGCCCCUCCCCGCCCCCCGCCGCCCGCGCUGGCUGCCUCCUAGCUUCCACCUCGCUCACCCCCUCCUCCCCGCACUUUCUCCGGCUCUCCCUCCCGCUCGGCUCAGACUGCCGGACUCGGCGCUCUUCUCGCCGGCCGCCCUGGGAAUCGCCGGCCGCCACCGCCCAGCCCGCACCCGCUGGCCCCCCAGUGCUUGGGCACCUGUUGGAGGCGUACAGAUAGGUGCUGGGGGCUGGGCUGCCGGGGACGAGAGGGUGAGGGUGAGCGUGUGUGUGUCAGCCUGUGUGUGCCUCCGGGGGGUGUUCGGCUCUCCGGAGGCUGCAAUUCCUGGCUCCGCUGGAGAUCCGAUCUCAGGAGGAAGCAUCUGAGGGGUGCUUCAUGAGGGGCCGCAGGGGCGACCGCAUGGCCAUCAACAUCCAGGAGCACAUGGCCAUCAACGUGUGCCCGGGGCCCAUCCGGCCCAUCCGCCAGAUCUCCGACUACUUCCCCCGCCGGGGACCCGGCCUCGAAGGGGGUGGCGGGGGCUUCGGAGAGGCCGCUGCUCAUCUGGCCCCCCUGGCCCUGGCCCCCCCGGCGGCCCUCCUUGGGGCCACCACGCCCGAGGAGGGAGCCGAGGUGGACAGCUACGACUCGGAUGAUACCACCGCCCUGGGCACGCUGGAGUUUGACCUUCUCUACGACCAGGCUUCCUGCACUCUGCACUGUAGUAUCCUCAGGGCUAAGGGCCUCAAGCCCAUGGAUUUCAAUGGCCUGGCUGACCCCUAUGUCAAGCUGCACCUGCUGCCUGGAGCCUGCAAGGCCAAUAAACUAAAAACUAAGACUCAGAGGAACACGCUGAAUCCCGUGUGGAACGAGGACCUGACGUAUAGCGGGAUCACGGUUGAUGACAUCACGCACAAGGUGCUCAGGAUCUCCGUCUGUGAUGAAGACAAGCUGAGCCACAACGAGUUCAUUGGGGAGAUCCGAGUACCCCUCCGCCGCCUCAAGCCUUCACAGAAGAAGCAUUUUAACAUCUGCCUUGAGCGCCAGGUUCCGCUGGCUUCACCCUCUUCCAUGUCUGCGGCACUGAGGGGCAUCUCCUGUUACCUGAAGGAGCUGGAGCAGGCAGAGCAGGGGCCGGGGCUGCUGGAAGAGCGUGGGCGUAUCCUGCUGAGCCUCAGCUACAGCUCUCGGCGCCGUGGGCUGCUGGUGGGCAUCUUGCGCUGCGCCCACCUGGCUGCCAUGGACGUCAACGGCUACUCCGACCCCUAUGUCAAGACGUACCUGAGGCCAGAUGUGGAUAAGAAAUCCAAGCAUAAAACACGCGUGAAGAAGAAGACUCUCAACCCGGAAUUUAAUGAGGAGUUCUUCUAUGAUAUGGAGCUCUCCACUCUGGCUACCAAGACUCUGGAAGUCACAGUCUGGGACUAUGACAUCGGCAAAUCCAACGACUUCAUCGGUGGCGUGUCCCUGGGGCCAGGCGCCCGGGGAGAGGCCCGGAAGCACUGGAGCGACUGUCUGCAGCAGCCGGACGCGGCCCUGGAGCGCUGGCACACUCUCACCAGCCAGCUGCCCCCCGCAGCUGGGGCUCUGCCCUCAGCCUGAGCGGCCCCCUUGGGGGCAGGUCCAGUA